UUGAAUUUCGUUUUCGGUUCCUUUUUAGGUUGUUGGAUUAUUGGUGAUGGUCUUGAUCGUGGAAUAAGCAAAAUUGCUGGCGAAGCUGUGGCUGAGUACGUUGAGGCUUAUGGUGGGGACCAAAUGCUUGCCAUUGGAGUCACGCCGAUGCAUAGUCUGAAGUAUAAACAUCUUUUCAAUACCACAGCUUCUACAAUUUAUUAUCCCAGUGAGGAAGAGGAGACGGUAACUGAUCCCACAAUGACAUUGAUCCAGAAAUACGACGCAAAACGCUUUAACAUUGACAAGAACUAUAGCUAUCUUGUUAUGGUCUCUGAUCCACCAAGUUCAACGAAACAGAAGGAACAAAAUGACUUGGUUGCGAAAGGACAGGCACAGAUGAUCACAAGGAAUCGACAGCUUAUUGAUACUCGAGUAGCCAUAGAAAGAAUGAUUAUCGACUGGCGGAAUAUAAAAGAGGAAAAGCUGCUCAAUUCAACUAUCACAUCUUCUGGAUCAACAAACGUUGUCCAGACCACUAUCUCAGAAAAUAAGUUCGGAACAGCACAGCAGAGACCAAAGUUCAAGGCUGCUGUAGAGCCUCCCACACCUCCCUCUUAUGAAGUCGAUUGGCCAAAGAAGACCAUCAAUUCCGUAGCUACAUCCGAUACUUCCGGGCCCAUCUUGAAUUUUUCUAAGGGAAUGGAGGAACAGGCCCCGAGUCUUCUAUUUGCAGCCAACAGCCAGCUUUCUGAUUGCAAGGUUGUCAUCAUAUAA